AUGGCGGAGUCCGGUGGCGGUGGCGGCGGCAGCGGUGGCGUUGGCUUCGGUGCAGGCCCGGGCCCCGAGCGCCCAAGCAGCAUGGCUGAUAAGAAUGGAGCUCUCAAGUGCACCUUCUCUGCACCCUGCCAUAGCACCAGCCUCCUGCAGGGCCUGGCCACACUCCGAUCACAGGGCCAGCUCCUGGACGUUGUGCUCACAGUCAACAGGGAGACCUUCCACGCGCACAAGGUGGUCCUGGCUGCCUGCAGCGACUACUUCAGGGCCAUGUUCACAGGCGGCAUGAGGGAGGCAAACCAGGACAUCAUUGAACUGAAGGGCUUGUCAGCACGUGGCCUGCGGCACAUCAUUGACUUUGCCUACAGUGCCGAGGUGACGCUGGACCUGGACUGUGUGCAGGAUGUGCUGGGCGCGGCCGUGUUCCUGCAGAUGCUCCCAGUGGUGGAGCUGUGUGAGGAGUUCCUCAAGGCUGCCAUGAGCGUGGAGACCUGCCUGCACAUUGGUCACAUGGCCACCACCUUCAGCCUGGCCUCACUCAAAGAGUCGGUGGAUGCCUUCACCUUCCGGCAUUUCUUGCAGAUCGCUGCGGAAGACGAUUUCCUGCAGCUGCCUCUGGAGCGCCUCGUCUUCUUCCUGCAGAGCAACCGCCUGCAGAGCUGUGCCGAGAUCGACCUGUUCCGAGCCGCUGUCCGCUGGCUGCAGCAUGACCCUGCGCGGCGGCCACGCGCCAGCCAUGUGCUCUGCCAUAUCCGUUUCCCACUCAUGCACUCGUCUGACUUGGUGGACAGUGUGCAGACGCUGGACCUCAUGGUGGAGGACGUGCUGUGCCGCCAGUACCUGCUGGAGGCCUUCAACUACCAGGUGCUGCCUUUCCGGCAGCACGAGAUGCAGUCCCCGCGCACCAUUGUGCGCUCCGAUGUGCCCUCGCUGGUGGCCUUUGGGGGCACGCCCUACACCGACAGUGACCAUGCCGUCAGUAGCAAAGUAUACCAGCUGCCUGAGCCAGGAGCCUGCCACUUCCGCGAGCUCACGGAGAUGGAGGUGGCCUGCAGCCACACGUGUGUGGCCGUGCUGGACAACUUCGUGUACGUGGCCGGGGGCCAGCACCUGCAGUACCGCAGCGGUGAGGGUGCGGUGGACGCCUGCUACCGCUACGACCCUCACCUGAACCGAUGGCUGCGCCUGCAGGCCAUGCAGGAGAGCCGCAUCCAGUUCCAGCUGAACGUGCUGUGCGGCAUGGUCUAUGCCACGGGUGGCCGCAACCGGGCCGGCAGUCUGGCUUCCGUUGAGAGAUACUGCCCACGGCGCAACGAGUGGGGCUACGCCUGCUCGUUGAAGCGCCGCACCUGGGGCCACGCAGGCGCCUCGGCCGGGGGCCGCCUCUACAUCUCAGGCGGCUACGGCAUCUCGGUGGAGGACAAGAAGGCGCUGCACUGCUAUGACCCGGCAGUCGACCAGUGGGAGUUCAAGGCACCCAUGAGCGAACCCCGUGUGUUGCAUGCCAUGGUGGGUGCUGGCGGCCGCAUUUACGCCCUGGGUGGCCGCAUGGACCAUAUGGACCGCUGCUUUGACGUGCUAGCCGUAGAGUACUAUGUACCCGAAACAGACCAGUGGACAAGCGUGAGCCCCAUGAGGGCCGGCCAGUCGGAGGCUGGCUGCUGCCUGCUGGACAGAAAAAUUUAUGUUGUUGGGGGCUAUAACUGGCGCCUCAACAAUGUGACAGGCAUCGUGCAGGUAUACAACACCGAGACGGACGAGUGGGAACGUGACCUGCACUUUCCUGAGUCUUUUGCAGGCAUUGCCUGUGCCCCGGUCCUGCUGCCCCGGGCUGGAAGCAGGAGGUAG